AUGAAUUCAUCUUCUUCUUCCACACCUAAUUCCAACAAUGCGAAUACGAACACAACCACCACUCGACCCAGAACACCACUUGUCAAAACUCUCUUUCAAAUCAUUCUAUUCGCAUGCAUUGGUCUUAUUGGAUUGAUCAGUGUCAGAACCUAUCUCUUCAUUCAAGAAUCCAAUCGGAAUAUUCAACAAGAUUUUGAAACUCGAAUCAAAGAAGGAAAAUCCAUUCAUCAUUCAUCUUCUAAACACUUUCAACAAUUAAAUUGGGAUGAAAAGGAAAGAAAUUCUGCUAUUCACAGAUUACAAAGAGCCAUUCAAUUUCCAACCAUUCAUCAUGUCAAAGAUUAUGAAAUAUUUCAAAAAUUAUUUGAUCAAAUGUUUAAAGAUUUUCCAUUACUCUUUGAAGGACCAUCUGCAGUUUUAAAAGAAGUGACUCAUGAAAUUAGUAGACAAAUGUCCUUUAAUAAUUCUAAUAAUAAUACUUCUACUAGUUCUACUUCUACUUCUACUAAUAAUAGUCAUUCCAGUAACAUUCCUUCAGAAGAUUCUAUUCUUGCUGCACGUGUCUUUGUUUGGCGAUCCAAUAAUCAUCAUCAUAAACUUCCAAUCAUGCUCACAGGUCAUGUCGAUGUCGUUCCCAUCAAUGAUGAAUCAAAAUGGACCUAUCCACCCUUUAGUGGAAUGAUUGUCAAUGAGGGUAGUAGUAGUUCAAGUAGUAGUAGUGGCAGUACCAUCGACUCUUCAACCAGUCAAACAUAUUUAUAUGGACGUGGUUCAUUGGAUGACAAAAAUGGAGUUUAUGAAAUUCUAGAAGCAUUGAAUCAAAUACGAAGAGAGAAUUUAUUACAACAACCUGAUCGAGAUAUUUAUGUUGUGAUUGGAAUGGAUGAAGAAAUUGGUGGAGAACAUGGUGCAAAGAAGGUCACUUCCUACUUUUUAAAGAAAAAUAUAAAAUUUUCAUUCAUUUUAGAUGAAGGAGGAAUGAUUGCAGAUCAUCAAUUUCCAACCAUUCAUUCACCAGUAGCAUUUGUUGCCAAUGCAGAGAAGGGAUUUUGUAAUUUUGAAAUUCGAGUACAAUGUGAACCAGGUCAUUCCUCAAUGCCAAAACCAAAUUCAUGUAUUCACAUGUUGAGUAAGGCAAUGAUUCAAAUUCAAUCCAAUCCAAUGAAGGCACACAUCUCAAUUCUUCGUAGAAUGAUUCAUCAAUUAGCACCUCUAUCCAAUUCCAUGAUCUUUAAAAUAGUAGCAGCGAAUAUGGAUCUCUUUGCACCAUUUUUGGAUUAUGUGCUGAGUUAUGUGGGAGGUGCACCCAAUGCAGUUGUGAGGACCACAUUUGCUCCUACCAUCAUUUCUGCAGGUGUUGCUGAAAAUGUAUUACCUUCUACAGGUACUUUGUUAGUGAAUACACGAUUAGCACCCUAUGAUUCGAUUCAAGAUGUAUUGAAACAUUUAGAACAAGUCGUAUUGAAUGUCGCAACGAAGACUGAUUCAACAUACUCGAGUAACCUGACAGUCACUGCACUCCCAAAGAAUUGUGAUGAAGCCAGUCGUGUCUCAUGUCACGAUUGUUUAGAAUUUAAUAUUAUUAAGAAAUCCAUUCAUCAAAUGCAACCUGAUGUCUUUGUAGUUCCUUAUUUAUUUAUUGCUGGAAGUGAUUCCAAGCACUAUAGAAAAUUAAGUGAUUAUGCCUAUGGUUAUUUACCCAUGAGACUUGUAAAGGCUCACGAUGAUCUCGCUCGUAUUCAUGGACACAAUGAGAGAAUUAGUACACAAAAUUAUUUAGAAUCUGUGAAUGUGUAUACUGCCAUUAUUCUUAAUGCUAAUGAAAUGCUCAAAGACAGACCAUAA